AUGUCGCUUCAGAUGGGCUUUGGUAAAAAGCUGGAGCUACGGACUGACAAGGUGAAAUCGGUGGAUAUCCAUCCGGUGGAGCCCUGGGUAGCUUCAGCACUGUAUAAUGGCUCGUGUACGAUUUACAACUACUCUACACAGUCUCUAGUGAAGAAAAUUGACAUUUCUGACUUGCCUCUCCGUUGCUGUAAGUUUGUUGCCAGGAAACAAUGGAUUAUCGCGGCGGGAGACAAAAUGUGUAUCUGGGUCUACAACUACAACUCACUGGAAAAGGUCCAGGUGGUCGAAGGGCACAAAGACUACGUACGUUACCUCGAUUUGCAUAGUACGAUGCCUUACGUCUUGAGUUCUUCCGACGAUAUGACCAUCAUCCUCUGGGACAUUGACAAGAACUGGGAGAAGUUGGCAGUCUACGAAGGACAUUCUCAUUACGUAAUGAUGGCUAAAUGGAGUCCAAAGGAUAUGAAUAUCUUUGCCUCGUGCUCACUGGAUCACACCAUCAUGUUUUGGGGGAUUUCACAGGAGUCCGCCGACAUAAAGUCUGGACCAAAGUCCUUUUUCUCUCUCUCUGGGCAUGAAAAGGGAGUAAAUUGCAUCGAUUUUACGACAAAUAUAUCCUGCCCAUAUAUCAUUUCUGGAUCAGACGAUUGUACAAUCCGUGUUUGGGAUUACCAGACCAAGUUGUGUCUUCAGGUUUUGAAGCAGCAUUCUAAAGCGGUAAUGAGUGUCCUCUACCAUCCACGCCUGCCAAUCAUUCUCUCCUGUGGCGAAGAUGGUGAUUUUAACGUGUGGCACUCUAAUCUCUACAAGAUUAAAAGGUGUGUAAACUACGGGUAUGGCAAACUCUGGAGUAUUGCUGGGAACAGCGUAGACACUGCAAUUGCCAGUGACUCUGGUACGUGUGUCAUUCAGUUGGCAGGAGAUAAGCCCCUUGUUUCAAUGUAUUCUAACAAGCUUGUAAUGGUCAAAUCAUCUGACAUUAUGAUUUGUAAUUUGAACACGGGGAUGACUGUAACCGAGGAGGCAGCUAGACAACCCCUGAAUCUCUCUUUCCGCAGCAUUGGCUCGUGUGAGUUUUUUCCACAAUCGGUUUCUCAUCAUCCAAAUGGACGUUUUAUCUGCCUUUGUGGUGAUUCCGAGUAUAUCAUCUACACCUCACAAGGUAUGAAAUCUAAAAGCUAUGGAAAGGCUUCGCAAUUAGUUUGGUCUGAAGAGGGCGAUUAUGCAACUUAUGAUGGUCUGGAAAUCGCUCUACAUAGGGAUUUUGCAUUAAAUACCACCUUCAAACCAUCAGAACAAGUGGUAAAACUCCACGGUGGAAAGUUGCUUGGAGUAUCGACAACAUCUAGUACACACUUUUAUAGAUGGACUGAUGGUAUGCUCAUUAAAACAAUUGACGUGCAAACUGAGCAUGUUUGGUGGAAUGAAGGAUCAUCUAAACUUGCUCUCGGUUGUGUUGGUACCUGUUACAUUUUGGCAUACAAUGAGGAAGCAGUGGCGGAAGCGCUCGGUGGUGGCGAUUACAAUCCUGAAAUGGGAGUAGGUUCAUCCUUUGACCUAGAAAAGGAGAUCGUGGAUAGAGUAACAAGUGCAACGUGGGCUAUGGAGACGUUUCUCUACAUUACACCAGGACUGCACCUCAACAUGUUUGUUGCUGGUACGGUGGAAACAUUGGCAUAUCUCGACAAACCGCUACACAUGAUUGGCUAUUCCUCGGAAUCCUCCUUAUUGUAUCUUUGCGAUGAUGCAAUUUAUGCUCAUCCACUCGAGUUAGAGUAUCUCAAUUUCCACGCACUCGUUUCACAAAUUGGGGAACAAGGAACUCAAAAGGUUACAGAGGCUAUUUCUGAGCUCUCUCCUAAACUAAAGGAGCGUGCCAGUAAAUUCCUAGAGUCUAUUGAACAAUACAAGUUAUCGCUCUUAUGCACUAGCGAUCCGGAUCGCAAAUUUGAGCUAAACUUGAAACUUGGCAAUGUUGAGGAUUGUCUUGACUUGUUAUCGAAGGAGACAAGCGUUGAAUCACACCGUGGAAACAAACUCUUGAAGCGCCAGUGGAAAAGACUUGGCGAUUAUUGCCUCGAGAACUCACGCUUUGACGUUGCUACUACCUGUUUUGGCUUCUGCAACGAUUUCUCCAAUCUCUUACUUCUUCAUACCAUAACUGGAAAUAAAGAAGGUAUUGAAAAUUUGGCCGAAUCGGCGCAUAAGGCUGGCUCGACAAAUAUUGCCUUCACCUGUUACUACAUGCUCAACAACAUUGAAAAAUGUGUAGAGAUUCUACAUGCUUCAAAUUGUCACAGCGAGGCAACCAUAAUGGCCAGGACGUUUAAACCUUCUCUCUUGAAGGAUUCGUUUGAUAUAUGGAAAAAGAACUUUAACAAUAGUCAUAUUAUCCUUGAUGAUCCACCAGAAGAUAAUGGACGUGAACUGGAAAAGACAGUCGAAAAGAGACUAGAGGCAGGAUUCCCAGAUGCUCAACUCUUUCCAAAGUUUAAAGAUGCCGUAUAUUCAGAUUUUGGUGCUUCUGAGCCCUCCGCUGAACCUGUCGAGACUACUGUCGCCGACACCAGCGCAGUUCAGCCCGAAACUGAGACGCUCGAUGGGAUUGUUGAUGAUGUACCGGAAAGUGAGGUAAAGGACGAAUCUCCAGUUACGGAGGAAAAGGAGGAAGAAGAAAAAGGUGAUGAGUAG